AAGAGUAAAGCUCCUCCACAUGUGUAAGCUUAGUGGUUGAGCGUGAAUUAGUAGUAUUGCUUUGUGAAUAGUGGGCGCAGUGCUGUGUACUCAUGGAGCUCUUGAACCCGUCCCUUGGGCAGCUCAGAGACUUCAAGAAAGACGACUUCGAGGCUGACUGGAUUAAGGUGUCAGAAUGCAGAUUUGGCCAGGUGUACCAGACAAAGCUGAAAAUGUGGCGGGAAAAGUGUGCUGUGAAGACCUUUGACACACAGUCUUGGAGACAAAUCAUCAAUGAAGUGUCAGGGAUUGCAAAAGUGAAAUUCAAGUACCUGGUGUCCAUAUACGGGACGUGCAGUGAGGCGACUAGCAUGGUGAUGGAGUACAUGAGUAAUGGCUCCCUCAACAAUCUGCUGGCCAGCCACACUUUGACAUGGCCAAAGAAGUUCCAGAUGAUUCACGAGACGUCCAUGGGCAUGAAUUUCCUCCACAGCAUCAAACCGCCAUUACUCCACCUCAACCUGAAGACGUCAAACCUCCUGCUGGACGAUCAUCUUCAUGUCAAGAUUACAGAUUUCAGUUUAAUCCGGUGGGAGAAGAGUAUGAGCAAGAAGUCGUUUAUGGAGCACCUUAUAGCCAGAGGGAACAUAAGUUACAUCCCUCCUGAGACGUUCACUACCAGCCCUGAACCUCCUGGAACUGCCUUCGAUGUGUACAGCUUUGGAGUGGUGAUGUGGGAAAUACUGACUCAGCAAAAACCAUAUGCAGGGAGCAGUGUGACCACAGUGCUGGUGCAGCUGGCACAGGGGAAGAGGCCUAGUCUGGAGAUUUUGCCUGAGCACAAACCACAGGAGUGUGAGGCCCUCAUCAACAUCAUGAAACUGUGCUGGGACCAGGACCAAUGCAUGAGACCACCAUUCUCAGACAUUGUAGUGAAAACUGAAGCUCUCAGUGAAGUCCUUAUGAUCCCAGGCCCUGUGAACAAUGGACAAGUGAAUCCUUGGAUUGUUUUGCCUCCUAAUAAGAUUCAGAUGCCUGACCUCCCCUCAGGUGAUCGCUAUGGCAAGGAGACCAUAAUUUCUCUUCUGUCCAAAAAGGAUUUUGGCACUUUUAGAAAAUCCGUGAGGAGAGAGGAUGUGCGCAGACUGUUUUCAGAGAGGAAGAGUCUUCUCCACUUCACAGUGGCCAGUGGAGACGUGGAGAGUGUCAAACAGGUGCUGAGUCUGGGCGCUGAGGUCAACUGUGAAACCUCCAAAGGCAGCACACCUCUUAGCAUUGCUGUUAUAAAAAGGUUUCAUGACAUUGUUUCGUUGUUAUUGGACCAUGGUGCUGACCCCACGGCUGCAGACAAUGAUGGGUGGACAGCUCUCCAUUUUGCUGCUCAGAAUGGAGACGACAGGACAGUGAGGCUCCUUCUGGACAAAGGAGCGGAGGCGGGGGCCAGAGAAAAGGCCGGAUGGACACCUCUCCACUUGGCCUGCCAGAAUGGACACGAGGCUGUAGUGCGUCUGCUGCUCUCACGUUUGUCAGACGAGGCAGUGGGAGGGCGAGAGGGAAGGGGGCUGACUCCUCUCCACCUGGCCUCAGUCUAUGGACAUCUGAACAUCAUCAAGCUGCUCCUCACCAAGGGAGCGGACCCCAACGCUGCUGACAUCUCGCUCUCCACUGCCCUGCACUUCGCUGCUGAGGAGGGACAUAACAGGGCGGUGCGGCACCUGCUGAAGUAUGGAGCUAAUAUUGAUGGCGGGGACAGCAGAGGCUAUACUCCACUUCACCUGGCUGCAAUGAGGGGUCACACGGGCAUAUGCAGGCAGCUACUUUCAAACAAGGCCUGCCUCAACUCCAGGACGCUACAGGGCUGGACCCCCAUGCACCUGGCUGCAUUCAAGGGGCAUGAGGCCACUGUGGCUCAGCUAAAAAGUCAGGGCGGGACAGUGGACGCCAAGGGGGAGAAAGGGUGGACACCUCUGCAUCUCGCCUGUCAUCAAAGUGAGCCUCUGGUGGUGGCUAAGCUCCUGGCAGCUGGAGCCAACCCCAACGGGGCAGAGGACAGUGAGGGCUGGACCCCCCUCCAUGUGGCUUGUACCAGUGUGAGCUUCCCCUGCGUCCUACACCUGAUUUCACACGGUGCAGAUGUGAAUGUAUUGAGCAGUGGGAAAGUCACACCUCUGCAUGUGGCAGCUAAGCACGGCUGUGUAUCCAUAGCCAAGGCUCUGCUGUUGAACGGGGCCGACACUUCUGCACUGGACUCAUCAGGGGUCUCUGCCUUAACUGUGGCACAGAGCAACAACAAGUGGGAAAUAGUGCAACUACUGGAGAAAGGAUGCUAAUUGCGCAGUGACUCCCAAAUCAACUAAACUAGUGUUACCUCCACCACAGUUAUGAGAGAAGACAUUACAUGCAAAACCAAUUCUUUUCAAUUUUCUGUUUUGUGACCAGUUUGGCCUCUCAACUUACAAGCUUUCAUGUGGAAACAACAAAAUCGGCCAACUUGCACAGAUACUAUAUUAUUU